GCUCAUCAAACCUCAGAGACUCGAAACCCCGGAAGAUACACAACAAGUGGUCAUACUGAGACACUGAGUCCGAGUCGUACAGUGCACUAACCUUAGCUACGUAAACUAAACUCCGCAUGCCCUUUUCAAUCAAAGGAACAACCUUUGCUUCCAAGUUCCAACCCUUAUAACCCUAACCAUGGUUAGCUAACCCUUCCCCUUAUUUUUUUUUUCCUCUCUUCGCUGCCUUACAACCACACUUCCUUCCUAGUCUUUUUAGCUCUGCAAGGAAAGAAUAUACGAUACAUAGGGAUGGGUUGGAUAAACAGUCAUCAAGAGAGAAAAGGGAAAGAUGAAUUUAGUGGCUUUUCAGCCUUUAAAGUUUAACGAAUUUCUUAUUCUAUUCAUUGGGCUUUGGAUGAGAGAGAGAAAGAGAGGGAGAAAGGGAUGGUUUCUAUGGGGUUUUCAAAAUCUAGGUGUUGGUCAAACAUAUUAGUACAGCUGCUUUAGGAUCUUUAUAUAGAGAGAGAGAGAGAGUUGUGAACUUGGGAUUAAAAAAAAAAAUACUGGGUCUCUUUUUGGAAUGAUUUUUGGAAACCAAUACUAGAGGCAAAAAAGGAUUUGAACAUCAAAGUUAAUGAAAGAUUUUGAUUUUAGGUUUAGAUUGAGAAAGAUCGAUGGGCAAGAAGAAGCCUCAAAAAACGAAGGAACUUUCAGUAGCAAUAGCAGAAGCUUCAAUAACAGGAGAUGAAGGCCAGCAACAGCCACAGUCUCAGACUCCCAGAAAGAGAGGUAGGCCUCGCAAGAUCAUUGAGAAACCUGAAAGCCAAGAUAAAAAAGAAGAAGAAUCAGAAUCAGUAGCUAAAGAAGCUGAAGACACUACUAAUGAGAGUCAAUCGAAGAGAGUUAAAACGAGUGAGGAAGAAGAAGAAGAACAGCCAAAAGGUGAGGGUUCUUCUGCCUCUAUGGGACUGGGAGCUUCAAAGAAAGAAGAGGAUCAGACAGAGAAGAGGGAGGUAUUACCAAAAGAGCCUCCGGCUCCAAGAAGCAGAGCUAGGCGAAAGAGUAAACCCAGAAAGAGCAGCUAGCUGAAGCUUAAAUUAGUGGUAAUAUUAAUUUAAGCCCCGCUCUUUUAUUUUUCUUUAUUAUUACGUCUAGCAAAUCAAGGAAUAGAUUUUUCCUUCCUUUUUGUUCCCUUCAUGCUGUGUAGCUUCCCGAUUCACUAUUUGCUUCUCUCUUUUAAUUCACAAAGAUAGAAAUUAAAGGGCAUAGCUUUCGUAUUGAUUGCUUCAAGUAAUUGUGCUUAUCAUUCUGUAUUUGAAUAUUUUCUUAG